CUGACCAUCACCCAUUUCCCUCCCUGUUCUCAAAACGGAUAAUAAUCAGCAUGGCCUCUCGUCUCCUGUCACCUACCGCCGCCACCACAGCCACCGGAACGCCAUCCAUUACACACCAAUCUCUAUUUAUCUCCUCUAAAGUCCCUUUCCCCACUUUCCGUUCCAAAGUUCACAGACCAAUCACCAAACUUCACGUCUCCUCUCCAGCAAAUAAACCCAUCACCGGCACAACAACUCCGUCAAAAAAACCCAGCGAAGAAACCAUCUUUUUCGACGGGGGAGCUCACUACGGCGACCUAUUAGCGAAUCUGCUUCUGGGUUUUACACUUCUUUGGUUACCGUUAACUUUAGCGGCAGUUUCAAGGGCGUUUUAUCUAAGAUACAGGUUUACGAACCUGCGGGUGACGGUGAUUUCGGGACUGACGGGGCAAGAUAGGAGCGAUUUCUCUUACAAGGUGAUAAAGGAUGUGCAAGUAGUGCCAAGAUUUAUAGGUGAAUGGGGUGAUGUUGUAAUUACAUUGAAAGAUGGGACUAAAGUGGAUUUAAGGAGUGUGCCUAAGUUUAGAGAGAUUGCCAAAUAUUGCCUUGCUAUGGCUGAAAAGCCUGUCGUUUUGAAGGAGAGUGGACCUAAAGGGUUUUAAGAAUUAUGUUUCUCUUUCUUUUGGAAGGCCCGCCAGACAAGCUUGUGAAGAGAAGACUUUAUUUAAAGGGCUUUAGGCCCGGAGAAAUGGCCCAAAAUAGGUCGUUCGUUGAUGUCACUGGAUAACUAGUGAAAUUACAAGUCUUGAAUCUUGAUGUCUGUUUUGUGCAUGAGAAAGUUUUAAAGGGCAAAAUCCUUAAAUGGUCUGGUCUUUCUUCCACACGGAUGUGGAAUGUCUUAGGCGUUGAGCAUGUGUACCGUAAAAUGCUCAUUUUUCAACAGGAUCCGACCCGACCCGAAUCUAACAGAUAGCUUUCAGUCCAUUUAUAAAUGGGGGCGAGUAUUGAUAUCUACUGAUCUACGAGCUAAUCCGAAUCCAAUCUAAUUAAUUUUCUAUUUUUUAUAUAAUAAGUAGGAUUUUUUUAGUGAUAUUUUAUGUAUAUUAACUAGACCCCAACCGAUCUGAAUUUGAACCGGAUAAACUGAUCUAAUUUGAGGUGGAGGCCAAUGGAUUUUUUUU